AAUUGGCAUGUUUCGAAGUUCAUAACUUUGCAAAUAUGAUACGUAAAUAUCAUAAAAUCGUUUUACACUGUAUUGCUAUUCAACCUUUUAAUGUUUAUUAGGUUGAGUUUUUUUUGCUUAGCUCGCCCCAUAUGAAGCGAUUUCAGAUGAUUUCAUACGUAGAAAAAAUUAUUAAAUCUUAUAUUCGAACUUCUCCUCCCACAACUGGCUCGUUUCUAUAAGUUUUUCACACGCUGAGUAGCUCAUUCUUAUACACAAUUUGAAGUGCUUUAUAUGAUUAUUUAAAAAAAAUCAAACUUCCGAUUUUGCAAUUAAAUUCCAAAAUAAGAAUUAAAAAUAGGCAAGAUAUCAAAAUCAAAACUUUAAAAAAAUGUAAAGUUCAAAAUUUAGGGAAUUGCUUCAAAUGGUAAAUUAUUUAAGCAAAAAAAACUCAAGCUAAACGCGCGUUGAGAAUUUGAACACGAAAUACAGUGUAUAACGUAUUUUGUCGAUAAUGGCGGUAGGACGAGUUGCAGGAACAGGAAAUAUCGGAUAUUCGUCAAACUUUCGCGGCGGUGGUCGAUCCUACCAUGGUGGAAUUAAUGAGGAAAUAAUAUGGAUAAGCAUUGGAAUGGCUAUAACAAUAGGUAUAUUAAUCACAUUGGCUCUUUUGUAUCUGGCCUACGAGAAGUGUCAAAAGCGACGUAACCAUUAUAUACACGCCUAAGUCUUCAAAAGCAAUACUGAGCGUAUGGACCAACAAAACCAGCAACAAUCUUCUUCAUUGAACCUAUGUAUAUAUAUUUAUUAUUUUAUCUUUUAAAACAAUUUUAAGCACCUUACUGUCAGAACAAAGGCACUAUUGUUAAGGUUUAAAGAUGGGUAUAUUUUAUUGAUUGAUAAAUAAAUAAACCAUAAAAUGGGUGUUUCAAUCAAAGGUGCAUUAUUCAA